AUGCGAGAUGAAGCACUCCAACAGUGUUUAUUUGAGGUGUGGGGAAAAUGCAGAGAUGUGGGGGAAGAUAGUGGGGAAAAAUGUGGGGUGCGGAAGGUGGCAAAGUGGAUCCACAGACCAAACGGGCGCCGAUCACGAGCCCGGCGGGCCAGGCCACCCACCACGCCGCCCCCGCGAGAAAACUCUGCAGGAUGGACUCCAGGAACGGAGGAGCGAGGGACUCCAAAGGAUACGGAGGAAGCGAGGGACUCCAAAGGAUACUCCAAAGGAGGAGCGAGGGACUCCUGCCCAGCGAGGGACUCCUGCAGGAUACGGAGGAGCGAGGGACUCCAAAAGGAUACGGAGGACGAGGCGAGGGACUCCAAAGGAUACGAGGAGCGAGGGACUCCAAGGGAUACGGAGGAGCGAGGGACUCCCAAGGGAGACGGAGGAGCGAGGGACUCCAAAGGAACGAGGAGCGAGGGACUCCUAAAGGAUACUCCAAGGAUACGGAGGAGCGAGGGACUCCAAGGAUACGGAGGAGGAGGGAGGAUUCCAGGAGCGAGGAUAUACGGAGGAGGAGGGACUCCGAGGGACCGCAGGAUACGGAGGAGCGAGGGAACGGAGGAAGCGAGGACUACGGAGGAGCGAGGGACUCGGAUACGGAGGAGCGAGGGACUCCUGCGGGAAACCGAGAGAAGCGAGGGACUCCAAGGGAUACGGAGGAGCGAGGGACUCCAAGGGACGGAGGAGCGAGGGACUCCAAGGGAUACGGAGGAGCGAGGGACUCCAAGGGAUACGGAGGAGCGAGGGACUCCAAGGGAUACGGAGGAGCGAGGGACUCCAAGGGAUACGGAGAGCGAGGGACUCCAAGGGAUACGGAGGAGCGAGGGCUCCAAAGGAUACUCCAAAGGUAAGGAGCGAGGGACUCCAAAGGAUACGGAGGAGCGAGGGACUCCAAAGGAUACGGAGGAGCGAGGGACUCCUGCAGGAUACGGAGGAGCGAGGGACUCCUGCAGGAUACGGAGGAGCGAGGGACUCCAAGGGAUACGGAGGAGCGAGGGACUCCAAGGGAUACGGAGGAGCGGAGGACUCCAAGGAUACGGAGGAGCGAGGGACUCCAAGGGAUACGGAGGAGCGAGGGACUCCAAAGGAUACGGAGGAGCGAGGGACUCCAAAGGAUACGGAGGAGCGAGGGACUCCAAAGGAUACGGAGGAGCGAGGGACUCCUGCGGAGGAUACGAGGAGCGAGGACAGGAUACGGGGAGCGAGGGACUCAAGGGAUACGGAGGAGCGAGGGACUCCUGCGGGAUACGGAGGAGCGAGGGACUCCAAAGGAUACGGAGGAGCGAGGGACUCCAAAGGAUACGGAGGAGCGAGGGACUCCUGCAGGAUACGGAGGAGCGAGGGACUCCAAAGGAUACGGAGGAGCGAGGGACUCCUGCCAGGAUGGAGGAUACGGAGGAGCGAGGACUCCAAGGGAUACGGAGGAGCGAGGGACUCCAAGGAUACGCGAGGGACUCCAAGGGAUACGGAGGAGCGAGGGACUCCAAGGGAUACGGAGGAGCGAGGGACUCCAAGGGAUACGGAGGAGCGAGGGACUCCAGGGACGGAGGAGCGAGGGAUUCCUGCAGAUACGAGAGCGAGGGACUCCUGCAGGACACGGAGGAGGAGGAGCGAGGACGGCGGAGCGGCGGCCUCAGGCACUCACGCCGCAGUCCCGUUACCAGUAUGUGA